GAUUUAUGUAUUCAAAGUAUCGAAUGUACGAAACAUUUCUUUCCGAUAAAAGCCUCAUACUGAAACGUCAAGAUGUUGAUGCCAAAAAAAAAUCGUGUAGCAAUUUAUGAAUAUCUUUUUAAAGAAGGUGUUAUGGUUGCAAAAAAAGAUUAUCAUGCACCAAAACAUCCAGAAUUAGAAUGUAUUCCUAAUCUUCAAGUUAUUAAGGCUAUGCAGUCUUUAAAAUCUAAAGGAUUUGUCAAAGAACAAUUUGCUUGGAGGCAUUUUUAUUGGUAUUUGACAAAUGAAGGCAUUGAAUAUUUACGUGGAUAUUUGCAUUUACCUCCUGAAAUUGUACCUUCCACACUUAAGAGACAAACAAGAUCAGAAACAACAAGGCCAAGACCUGCAGCAGGUGCAAGAAGUGAAGCAUCUAGACCUACAGAAGAUCGUGCUGGAUAUAGACGAGGUCCAGGAGGUCCAGCAGGUCCUGGUGAUAAAAAAGCUGAUGUUGGUGCUGGUACAGGAGAUGUUGAAUUUCGCGGUGGUUUUGGACGUGGUAAACCACAAUAAUAUUUUAAUGUAAAAUAAUAAAUAAAAUUUAAUAAUAUA